ACUUUCUUCUUUAAUAAAGAGAUGCCCUUGCUUGUCGGAUCCAACUCCCUUUUUUGACACAUAUCAGAGACUCAUUAAUAGAACUCUGCAAUUCAGAAGUGCAAUUUACAAUAUAACAGAUAUGAGGAUGCUUCUGCAAGUGCUAGUAUCAGUUCAUCUCAUCACAAUCAUCAUCUCUUUCGUAUUUAUAGCACAGGAAGCAGGGGCAUCUAUGACCAAGCCUGGGUGCCCAGAGAAAUGUGGGAAUAUUACCAUUCCAUAUCCAUUUGGCAUGGGGAAAGGUUGUUACCUGAAUAGAAAUUUUGAGAUCACAUGCAACAUGUCCUCCAAUCCCCCUCGUCCUCUUCUCCUCCAAGAAGUUCAACUUUUGCAGAUAUCAGAAGACUAUCUGCGCAUCAACGAUAUUGUUCACCAUAGCUGUUUUAAUAAGCAAUCAGGGAAGACGAAUUCAUCACAUGUACCAUAUAACAGAACUCAUCAUUUCAGUUACUCACACACCCAGAAUGAGUUCAUAGCCAUCGGGUGUGACAUAUUUGCUUAUAUCACUGAGGACAACAGUAAAACAAACGCAACUGGGUGUGCAUCGCUUUGUAAUACUGAUGAAGACAUCGCUACUGAUUUUUCCUCUUCUGCUUGCUCUGGCAUUGGUUGCUGCAGGACUUAUCUCCAAACAGAUAUUUCACGGUUUUAUCUGAAGAUGCGUAGCAUCAACAUGAUCACACCAAUCUGGACCUCUCAACCAUGUGGCCUUGCUUUCAUUUCUGAGAGGAACUUCUCCAUACGUCAAUAUUUUAACCUCUCUAGUAAAUUUUUAGAGAGGAAUUUGUAUUUUGUUCCAGCAGUACUUGACUGGUCAGUUGGGGACGUCUCUUGCCCUGAGGCUAUCAGAAGAAAAAACUAUGCGUGUGGCCAGAAUACGUACUGCCAUAACUCCAUCCAGGGCCAGGGGUAUAAGUGUCACUGCUCUAAAGGCUACCAAGGGAACCCCUACCUUGCAAACGGCUGCCAAGAUAUUAAUGAGUGCAACGACCCAGACGAAACUUUUUGCCUCAAGAUAGCUCUUUGCACUAAUGUCCCUGGCAGUUACUCGUGCACUUGCCCAACUGAUUACCAUGGAGAUGGCAAGAAAGAUGGAACUGGGUGCAUACGUGGCAAGCAUCCACAUUUGCUAUCAUUGGUACUUUCUCUAGGUGUGGGGAUUACUGUUGUUCCCUUUAUCCUAAUUGCUACAAGCUUAAGGUUAUACCGAGGACUUGAGAAAAGAGAGAAAAAGAAAAUAAAACAGAAGUUCUUCAAGAAGAAUGGAGGUCUGCUAUUGCAACAGCAAAUUUCUUCUAGCAAGGAAAGUGUAGAAAAAACAAAACUCUAUUCGGUAGAAGAGUUGGAGAAAGCAACAGAUGGUUUCAAUUUAAGUCGAAUCAUUGGUAAGGGAGGCCUCGGCACAGUAUACAAAGGGAUGUUAUCAGAUGGAAGCAUUGUAGCCAUUAAGAAAUCCAAUACGGUUGAUGAGAAGCAGUUAGACCAGUUCAUUAAUGAAGUUUUGAUUCUUUCACAGAUCAACCAUAGGCACAUAGUAAAACUAUUAGGUUGUUGUCUGGAGACUGAAGUACCUUUGCUGGUUUAUGAAUAUGUCUCUAAUGGCCCCCUCUCCCACCAUCUUCAUGAUGAGGGUCAUGUAUAUAGAAUAUCUUGGAAAAAUCGGCUGCGAAUUGCAAGUGAAAUUGCUGGAGCCCUUGCUUAUUUGCACUCGCAUGCUUCUACAGCCAUCUGUCAUAGAGAUAUCAAGUCUAGCAACAUAUUGUUGGAUGAAAACCUCCGGGCUGUACUUUCUGACUUUGGACUCUCAAGGUCAAUACCCCUUGACAAAACUCAUUUAACUGCAUUGGUACAAGGGACAUUUGGUUACUUGGAUCCUGAUUAUUUUCAUUCAGGUCAAUUGACUGAUAAAAGUGAUGUUUAUGCCUUUGGUGUAGUCCUUGCUGAACUUCUGACAGGAGAAAAAGCCAUUUCCUUUGAUAGAUUUGAACAAGGUCUAGCAAGUCAUUUUAGAUCAGCAAUGAAACAAAAUCAUCUGUUUGAUAUUCUUGAUAACCAAGUUGUAAAUGAAGGACAGAAGGAUGAUAUUUUUGCUGUUGCAAAGCUUACUAAGAGAUGCCUAAAGUUGAAUGGGAAAAAAAGGCCAACCAUGAAACAAGUUGAAAUAGACCUCCAACAACUGGGCAGAUUUCAGGAGCAGUUUUCUUGUCAGAAGUCAAUGAUUCAAGAGGAUUUUUCACAACAGCAAACAUGCCAGGACGACUGCACGGUAAGUGAAAGAUCCCAUUCCUACACAUUUGGUCCAGCUACAGAAGAAAUCGUUCAAGAUAUUGAGGUCUUGUUUUCGUAAGGAAUACAGUAUGGCAGCUUGAAGCUUCAGUUGAAUAUUAGGUGGUUUUUGCAACUGAUAUGGGUCAGAUGUUGGAAGGUUAAACUUUAUUUAGAAAGUUUGUAAAAUUAUAAUUAGAUUUAGUCACUAGAAGUUAAGAAGAAUAUUUUAUUUUUAAUGGGUUGCUUUAGUUUCUAUAUUUGUGGAGUAGGUUCUAGAAGGUUUCUAUAUUUUGUUCUUAUGAGUUUC